CGUUCCACCAGCGAACGCGAAGAGAACGAACAGUCGUACCAACUGUAAUACGCGAACGCGAUGCCUCCGGUUUCCAACAUCGGACACAACUGACGCUGAUUUACGCUCCCCGAAACCCCAAACAUACGGUGAAACCGGAUAAUGCGGAAAGUGUAACGAAACGCGCCCUGCGAAGUAUACCAGGAGGGGGAUUAACGACCCAUUCAGAUAUUGUGAAACUUGCUCCCUUCGGCGUGUUAAUUCGAGCGUUGCGUGUCGAAUUCGACGGUCCGAGGUUUCUGUGUUUUUGGAUUAAGAUCAAAUUGGAGAAAUUCAUGCUUCAAUGACUUCUAUAUAAUGUUAUGAGAUGGUGAGCGUGUUGAGAUCCACUACGGCACUCUUUUUGUUUCACGUCGCAGCCUUCAACAUGUUACCACCGCCAUCAUGUCCGCCGGAAUGUAUCUGUCUCUCUCAGACACAGGUGCUGUGUAACUCAGGAGGAUUGACGGAGAUACCAGUAAAGCUGCUACCAGCGUCUGUGGAGCACUUGUCGCUCACGAGGAACCACUUCCCUUUGAUACGAAGCGACGCUUUCUCCGGAUUACGACAGUUGAAAAAACUCAGCCUGGACGGGAACAACAUAUCAAUUAUAAAGCCGUUUGCGUUUCGUGGAUUGCCCAGAUUAAGGGAGAUUUCGAUUCAGCAAACUCCACUUGCGACAGUCGCCCAAUUUUCCUUCGCCGGGCUCCAGAAUAUAACCUCAAUUUAUCUCAGCCAUAAUAAAAUUAAAAGGGUCGAAGGGUACGCUUUUGCCGGCACAACUAAUUUAAAAUUACUAGUCCUAACCAACAAUCCUAUUUUUAAACUCGAAUCGAACGCAUUCUCGGGUUUAACAAACGUCGAAAAGAUAACAUUUCCCUCGGGAAUACGUUCGAUAGAACCGGACGCUUUUAACGGUUUAGAGUCAGUGGGUUUCCUUAAAUUAGCUUAUAUGGAUCUUCAAUCAUUGAAAGAAGGUACUUUCCGCGGACUUACAAGCGUCGGAGUACUUUCUAUUCAAGAAUCCGAUUUAGGAAUUAUCCAAGUAGGAGCUUUUGAAAGUUUAACUUACAUUAACAAUCUUAAUUUUCUCAACAAUAAAAUAGAUUGUAUACAAGAACUUAAUUUAUUACCGGAGGAUCACAUCAAAAACUUAAAGUUUCAGGGAAAUCAUAUUUUAGAGAUUCCUAAAACGGAAUCUCUCAUGUUUGCCGUUGAAAAGCUUUCAGUCACUGCCAAUCACUUUCCAUGCGAUUGCCAUAUCCAUUCUUUAGCGAUGGGACCUUUCGCAAACGGGUCCGGAUUUGAUUUUUUAACAAAGAAUUUUUGUAUUUCACCUUUGGAAUAUAAUGGAAGACCCAUGAGCGAUUUGGAUUUAGAAACUAUCGGAAGGUGUCAAGAAGAAGUUACACGAGGAAACUUAGAAGCUGCUAAAGACUCUAACACUGCCUCAAUUUCCAGUGUUGAUGAGGUAAUUAUCUUGUGUUACAUACUGAUUAUUGUAGUGUUUAUGUUUAGGUGAGAAUAAAUUUAAAGUGAUUGAACUGUUAUAUAACGAUUACUAUUUCCACAUAAAUUAAUUUAUUCAUCCUCUGUUAUUCAUUGUAGAAUCGAAGCUUUGUAUGUAUAAACCUGAAUGUUAAAUGUAGAAAAAAACUUGAAGCAAGAAAAAUGUACAAAGGUCUAAAUUCUAUCGUGGUCAAAAUUACGCAAAAACAUAAUAGAAAUUAUAUCAAAAUGUACUUAAUUUAACAUGUAGAUAAAUCGUGUAUAUUUAAUCGUCAUAUUAACAGUACUUUGGCGAGAAAUGAAUAAGGGUGCUAAAUAUUAACGAUUCUCGAUUUAUAUUUUAAGCAUUUAUGUGUCGUGCAAUAAAACUGCCAAUUAAAUUAUAUCCAAUUGUAAGAUAAGUAAACGUACGAGUGAAUGUAAAUAUAAUUGUAGAUUAGGAAACAUCUCUAAAAAUAAUAUAUCCAUAUAAUACGUCCAUGAAAUGUGUGAAUGAUCUUUGUUUUCACACUAAUUACUUUGUGAUUCAAAUUUAUUUCCCUACUUAAUGAUUCCUUCAUAAUUUACUCUUGCACUGAAUGAAAUAGUAUGCGAGUGCCUAAUAAAACAAUUAUGAAUAAAUGGCCAUAUCUUGUAAAUAAUUAUGUAAAUAUAAUCAACUAUAGCGGUGUAUAUCGACUUAUAGUAAAAAUGUGUUCUGUUGUAUACUGUCUAAUAAACGAAUUUUUAACUAUA